UUUUCACCCAAGGACAGACCUGAAUCUCUAAUUGCCUGGAGGCUGACUCAACUGACAUCAUGGCGUUUGACGGCAAUUGGAAGGUAGACCGGAGUGAAAACUAUGACAAGUUCAUGGAAAAAAUGGGUGUUAAUAUAGUGAAAAGGAAGCUUGCAGCUCAUGACAAUUUGAAGCUGACAAUUACACAAGAAGGAAAUAGAUUCACAGUCAAAGAAUCAAGCACUUUUAGAAACAUUGAAAUUGUUUUUGAACUUGGUGUCACCUUUAAUUACAACCUUGCAGACGGAACUGAACUCUCUGGUACCUGGACCCUUGAUGGAAAUAAACUUAUUGGAAAAUUCAAACGGAUAGACAAUGAAAAAGAACUGAAUACUGUCAGAGAAAUUAUAGGUGGUGAACUAGUCCAGACUUACGUAUAUGAAGGAGUAGAAGCCAAAAGAAUCUUUAAAAAGGAUUGAGCAUUAUUCUUGGAGCACAGCCAAAAAUACAAAUUGGACAGAAGAUCUUAUUGUACCAGAACUGUUUCUCUCUCCCCAUCAAGUAUAAGGUUGCUGACUGAUUGGUCCUUGUAUAAACAUUGGUAUAUUUCCAUCUUGGCAAAGCAAAAGAAGUAAAAGCUAAUUAGUGUUUAAUUUGUUUUAUAUUCUUGAAGAUAAAUAUUUACUAAAAUAAUUUGUGACACUUUUUAAAACAAAAAUAAAUAUUGUUCCCAUGUUGCUUUAUAUGUAGCCUUGCCUUUUAAAAGAAAAAGUAUGUGAAUAUGCAUUGAAAGAUUGUUUUGGUAGAGAGAGGGUCUUACUCUGUCAAUCAGGCGGGAAUGUAGUAAGGAGAUCAUAGCUCAUUGUAACGUCAAAUUCCUGGACUUGGCCAAUCUUCCCGCCUCAGCCUUCUGGGAGUAGCUAGGACUAUGGUUACAUACCACCAUGCUCAGCCAAUUUGUUUUUGUUUUUAUUUUUUUUUUUAGAAAUGGGGUCUUGCUAUAUUGCCCAGGCUGGUCUUGAACUCCUGGCCUCAAGAGAUCCUCCUGCCUCAGCCUGCUAAGUUUUUUUUCUUUACAUUCGAUAAACUAAAACCAUAGGCUGCGUAUGAGUCUUUAAAAUCUUGCACUGAUUACGAAUAAAUUUCUUGCACUGGUUGUGAAUAUCUAGUAUUAUAAAAAUAAUAUAUGCUCAACCAGAAAACUUAGAAAUAAAAAACACAAAUGUAAAAUAAAUAGUCCCAUAAACUCAUAAUCCAGAGGUAAUUGCCAUUCUGAAUUUGAUAGAUAUCCUACCAGUCCUCUUUCCUGGUUGUAGAUAUUUCCCAAUACAUACCACUUUGAUUAGGAUGAUAGGAAAUAAAUGAUGUACUAAGUUAAAUUAAAUAUUGUAUAACAUUUUUCUACACAUCAGUGAUUACCAGACCUGGCUGAAAAUCAGGAUCAUCUGAGAAACUUCAAUAACUUCUGCAUUCUUAAUCUCAACUGUUAUUCUACUAUAUCAGAAUCCCUAGCAGAACUAAGAAUUCUAGAAAAUUUCCUAGUGAUUCUGAUGCAGCCUGUCCACUAACCAGUGUUUGAGAACGAUGGCCUUAUCAGUUACCAAUGUCAUUUUUAACCUCUCCAUUUCUUUUUGGUUGUUGCUGUAUAUUUUUUCACAUAAACACAUACAUUGCCAAUUUUGCAGGGCUCAGAAAGUGUAUUUUUAUUCACAUUUUCACAUGAUAUACUCUUUUAUGUGCUCCAAAACAGGGCAUAUGUUAGGGGAUGGAGGGGGUGUCAAAUUUUUAAGCCUUUGUAACUGCAACUCUAUGGACUUUUGACAAAUUAUUUUUCACACUGACGCAGAUAACAGCCUAACAUUUACAUAGUUCUUACUACAUGCCAUACACUGUUCUAAGUGGUAUACACAUAUGACACAUACAUUAAAAUGUAGAAAGAAAAGUUUGAGUACCUGAUGAAAAUGAAUAGAUUAGAGAGUAUGGUAAAUCUUUGAAAGUUGAAUACUGUGUGUCCUCACUUAUAACUGGAAACUACAUAAUGUGUAUAUAUGGACAGAGAGUGCAGAAUAAUAGACACCGGAGACAUGAAAGGCAUGGAGGGUUGGCCAGGGGUGGGGAGUAGGGUGAGGAAUGAGAAUUUACUUAAUGGGUACAAUGUACAUUAUUCGGGGGUUGAUGGUUACUGCCCAGACUUUACCACUAUGCAAUAUAUUCAUGUAACCAAACUAUACUUGUCCUCCUUAAAUUUACAUAAAAAACCUUAAAUCUA